AUGGGCAGUGUCGCGGGAUUGAAGGGAGGGACGCCGCACUUGCUUUACCCGACGAGCAAGGGCGCUAUCGUAAAUAUGACACGAGCAAUGGCGGCGCAUCAUGCUGGAGAUGGUAUUCGUGUCAACUGCGUUUGCCCUGGCAUGUUAUAUACCCCCAUGAUGUAUGCCGGCGGAAUGAGUGAAGAGGCAAGAGCCGCAAGGAGACAGAGAAGCCUUUUAGGCACAGAAGGUAACGGAUGGGAUGCUGCAUGUGCGGUUGUCUUUCUCGCAAGCAAUCAUGCACGUUGGAUGACUGGUGUUAUUCUUCCAGUCGAUGCUGGAACUACCGCAGCUGUUGGCAUUGGAAUGGUAAAAGCUGCCAGCGUUAAUGGUUAA